GAACAUUUAGAGCUCCUGACUAGCUUGCCGCCUAUUAUUAUUUCUCGAUAUGUUGGAGGAGUCAUGUGAAUCGCCUGAUGGUUUGGAUAAUAUUUUUUCAGAUGAACUUAACAAAAUUUCAACUCUCGAGGAGGCGGGAGGGCUGCCUACGCUCUGCGGUAUUUGUGAGAAGCCCUUCUCAAACCCGGUUAUUUUGAGUUGUCUUCACAUAUAUGACCGUGAUUGCUUGCAUAAGUUUGAGCAAAGCGAUAAUGUCGUUCCUUUUACUAAGUGUCCGAGGUGCGAGACAUUAUCUAGUAGUGUAGAGACACUUGAAGCCUAUGAUACGACCAUUGUCCAAACACGUGAUGGUGACAAUACACAACAGUUAAGCGGGAAAGGAGUUAAGUGCUCAGUGUGUACAGAUGGCAACGAAGCUCUCUACCGAUGCAUGCAUUGCGCAGGUACUUUAUGUGAACGGUGUCGUGAUAUUCACAAGGUAUGUUGAGGUGAUAAUUUCUAAAAUUCUAGGUUAUGAAGGUUUUCUCAAACCAUGAAAUAUUGGACUUAACUGAAGAGGAGAAGUUAAAUUCUAAUGUGUUGCAGCGUAACAUGCUGAACAAUAAACCAGUUAUGUGCACAAUUCACCCGGAAUGCAUAUUGACUUCGUUCUGUUUACAGUGCCAUAUCCCUUUAUGUGAGGCGUGUUUUGAUUAUGAACACAAAGGACAUAUAACAAUUCUGUUGGAGUUAGUGCCUACACACAUUGACUCUUUGUUGUCGGAUAUGAUUGAUAUUUGUCGUUUAAAACAAAAGGACUUUCGCGAUUCAGUUGAUGUGAUGCAUAGCUUACUAUCAGAGCUAAGUGCAUCUCGAGAUACCAAUAAAACUGUUAUAUUGGAAACCUGUAAACAGUGGAUAGCAGCAAUUGAGAAGGUGAAGGAGAAUUUCAUUCAUAAAAAUAGAGAGAUCCAUGAUGAAAUAGAAAUGAAAGUAUGGUCGCAAAUUAAUAACAUGAACAAAACUAUUGAUCAUGUCGACUUUGCAUGCGAAUUCGUUAAGACCUACCUCAGGAAGUGUUCGAACAUUGAAGUAUGCAAACUUUUUAAGAAUGUUCUUGCAUGUUUUGACAAGCUGUCAAAACAGCAAGCCAUCAGUGAUUUCUCAGCGAAAUUCCUAUUUACACCAGGUACUGCAAGUGUUUAUGAUGUUGUUCGUCAGCAGUUCGGUUCUUUCGGAUUCACUGAUUCAUUGGAGUCAAGCGUGCAACAAAUCACAGAUACACUACUACAAGCAUUCCCGACACCCAACUCUCACAUUUCAGCCUUAAGUGGCGUGGAAGAUGUCGCAAAUGAUCUCAAUCAAUUAACAAUCAAAUCUGACGGACUUAUCGACACAGACUCUCUUGUAUGCAUGGACCAAGGAGUGUCUGCACAGUUGGCCCCAGGUAGUCCGGUACAUCCAGACGUCCGUGACAAUGCAAAUCCAACUUGUGUUGCAAAUGGUAGUCUAAACAACUACACUGUUAGAUCUAACAAUUCAAGUCGUCCUUCCAGCGAUUGGUGUGACUUAAGUGUUACACUUCCUAACAUGGAACCACCUGAAUUUCUAUCUAACGUAACACAAGUUGAUUCAGUUUUUGGCACGCCUUUUAUUACAAGUGACAAUUUAAGACCUGGAAACAGUAUCAUGCCGCCACUGGAUGUUGACCCCAGUCUUAUGUUGAAGCAGAAGCUCCCAGCCAAUUACAGUGCAACGCUGUAUGAGUAUAGUCGUAUAAGGUCAGCCCGUUGUACACAAAUGAAUAUUAGAGCAAAGUGGGGCUCUCUUGGUUGUGAAUUGGGGCGCUUGAAUUCUCCGCAUGGGUUUUGUUUGGGCUUUGAUGAAGAGAUAGUAGUUGCUGACACAUACAAUCAUCGCAUUCAGAUAUUUUCGAAGCACGGGGAAUUCGUAUCGUUUUUUGGUGUAUCAGGAAGGGUGGAUGGUUUAAUGUGGUAUCCACGCAAAGUUGCAAUAAUAAGACAGAGUCAAAGAUAUGUUGUCUGUGAUAGGGGAAAUGAACGUUCCCGUAUGCAGCUGUUCAGUCGAAGUGGACAUUUCGUACGACGUAUUCCAAUUCGUUACAUAGAUAUUGUUGCAGGAUUAGCGAUUAACCAACAUGGUACUUUGUUUCUAUUUGCUAAUACUUUUCAGGUCAUAUUGUUGCUAUUGAUAGUGUUUCACCGUCGGUUUUUGUUGUAUCAGAAGAGGGACAUCUCGUCCGUUGGUUUGACUGCAGCAAUCACAUGAGAGAACCAUCUGAUGUUGCAAUACAUGGUCGGGAGUAUUACAUUUGUGAUUUUAAGGCACAUUGCGUUAUUGUUUUCCAAGAGGAUGGAACUUUCAUCCGUCGUAUAGGUGGCGAAUCAAUUACGGAUUUCCCAAAUGGAAUUGAUGUUAGUGAUCAUGGUGACGUGCUUGUUGGAGACUCACAUGGGAACCGGUUUCAUAUUGCUGUGUUUAGCCGAACAGGUGAGCUACUCAGUGAAUUCGUCUGCAACCAAACAAAAGUCAGUCGCUCCUGCUGCUUAAAAAUAACAACUGAGGGUUACGUUGUAACACUUGCUCGGAGUUCUAAUAAUGUCCUGGUCAUGCAGACUUUAUACAUAUGUUAAUACCGACUGCCGACCGGUUGAUAUCCAUAGGACAACUAAUAUACUUCCCAAGAUAUUGUUCUUCCAUUCUAUAAUAGCACCAUUGGAUUUCACUCAACCUCAUCAUGAUAUAUAGUUUCAAGGAGUAUUUAUGAUUGUCCGUUUUGGACAGUUUCUAACUCUUUCGUGCUUCAGUCAAGAGUCAUUCUUCCCCCGUGGUUAUUCCGGGGUGUUCGUGAUAAUUUUUCAACUUUAUUACAGUAUGUUUUUCUGUUUAUUCAUAUUCACUUUUUCUUAUUAAUUUUGGGAACUCUGAUUUCAAGCGAGUUCUGCCUUUUCCCAUAUUUAUAUUGAUUGUUAUUGUAUUAUUAUUAUUGCUAUUAUUAUUUACUAUUAUUAUUUAUUAUUAUUAUUAUCAUUACUAAUAUUUCAUUUAUUGAGUCCGGAGACAGUUUCAAAAGACAUCGAAAAACCACAUUUUAUUGAAAUUUUUCAAUGGCUUAGAAACAUUAGAUAGCAUUUUAUCUGAAUCGUUUUCACGGUAUUUUUGCAAUAUUUUUGAGAUUACGGAUUAUUGUUUUUUGUUUUUUUCUUAUUGCAUCACUUAUUUAUAGUCUAGUUUGCUUAGUCUAGUGUACUAAGUUUGAUUUAUUUUCAGUGAGUCAAUCACGUGCUUAAAUCCGACAUUAUAGUUGGUUUUUUCAAGUGAUUACACACGUGCCUUUCAUUCAUUUCUUGACAUGACAAUUAGCUGUUUUCCUAACUUUUACCUUUGAUAUUGGAUUGCUCAUUAUUUAGGCUCAGGCCGUUUUCAUAGGUUUCAACACAUAUUUAUCGGUCAUGCAUUUGUUUCGCCGUUUUCUCUUAUAUUUUGGCUCCCUAAUGGGGGUCUUCAUAAGUGAAUAAUUUCCUUAUCCAUUCCGUUUUUCUGAAUUAAUUGCCAAAUAUUUCAUUGAUCUUGAUGUUAAUUAUGUACCAAAAUCUCAGAGUCCAAUCUUUUUUAAAUAUGUCGAUGUCUCAUUUUUGCAUUAAACUGUUUUUUGUCUUUCUUGAAACUUCAGAAUAUUAUGUCAUGUUUUAGCAAUAAUGAUUCCAUUUUCACAUAUUGAAUGACUUGUCAAUUUUGUUGUCAUUUUGUUUAUAAAAGAUCAUGUAAUGGUCUAUUUUGAAGCACAAAUUUUCGCUUGUAUUCUCUGCCUGUUGGUUUAUCAUACAAUGUUUUCUUUUAUACCAUGUGUUUUUGAUAUCUCUAUUCUGUGUUGCAAGGUAGACUGUUCCUUAUGUUGUUAAUCCCAGCUAAAAUGAUGUUCUCCUGCUGACUGAUGCUAAGUUUUGAGUCUUUUCGGGUUAUGAAGUGAUCUCUCGUUUAAGUCUUGUUUGCUUCAUUUCGUUUUUGUGUAAGGUGGGAGAAUAAAUUAGGACCAUGAAU